AUGUUGACACUACCGUUUGAUGAGUCAGUUGUAAUGCCAGAGUCCCAGAUGUGCAGAAAGUUUUCCAGAGAGAGUGAGGACGCAAAGCAAAUCAAGAAGCUAGAAAGCUUUGCAAAACACCAAGGAAAAAGUAUUAAAAGAUCCAUGGCGGAAGAUACUGAAAAAGAGGAGGUGGAAGAUGAUCGGGAAGAAGAGGAUGAAAAUGGUUUACCCAGAAGAAGGGGCCUGCGGAAAAAAAAGAUGACUAAGAUGAGAAUGGACAGGGUCAAAUUCAGGCGACAGGAGGCGAAUGCACGUGAAAGAAAUAGAAUGCAUGGCCUUAAUGAUGCUUUGGACAGUUUGAGGAAAGUGGUCCCUUGUUAUUCCAAAACACAGAAACUCUCUAAAAUAGAAACCUUAAGACUGGCCAAAAAUUACAUAUGGGCUCUUUCUGAAAUCUUACGAAUUGGCAAGCGGCCCGAUCUGCUGACGUUUGUCCAAAACUUGUGCAAAGGUCUUUCCCAGCCAACAACAAACUUGGUGGCGGGGUGCCUACAGCUGAACGCCAGAAGUUUCUUGAUGGGUCAGACAGGGGAGACGGCCCAUCAUGCCAGAGCUCCUUACUCCACUUUCUACCCUCCCUAUCACAGCCCCGAGAUGAACACGCCCCCCGGUCACGGAACACUUGACAAUUCCAAGUCCAUGAAACCCUACAAUUACUGCAGCGCAUACGAGUCUUUCUACGAAAGCCCUUCUCCUGAGUGUUCCAGCCCACAGUUUGAAGGUCCCUUAAGUCCUCCCCCAAUUAACUAUAAUGGGAUAUUUUCCCUCAAGCAAGAAGAAGCCUUGGACUAUGGCAAAAACUACAAUUACGGCAUGCAUUAUUGUGCAGUGCCACCCAGGGGUCCCCUUGGGCAGAGUUCCGUAUUCAGGUUGCCCACAGAGAGCCACUUCCCUUACGACCUACAUCUGCGCAGCCAGCCUCUCACCAUGCAAGAUGAAUUAAAUGCAGUUUUUCAUAAUUAA